GACCAAUCAUAUCAGCCGGAAUAACUGUCGCCCAUUCGCACCAACCAAAGUUGAGCUCAUUGCUGGAGCAGUCAAUCAGCUGGCAACACGCUCCUUAAUUUCUCUACCAUCAUGUCGGUUGGCCUCCUACGAACAUCUGUUGCGAACGCGGGUCGGACCGCCGCUUGGAGGCCCCAGCCCUCAAUAGGGAUUCAAGUAUGUCGGUCACUACAUACUACGCAACCCACGAAUACGGCUGUCCCUGUUACUGCAUCAAACCCUGUCACCCAACUUGCAAAGCAGGGUUCCAACCAACUGAGUUUGGAGACUCCUGCGAACAAGGCUGAAUAUGUACUGUCAACACUGGACAAGAUUACCAACUGGGCGAGACAGGGUUCGAUGUGGCCCAUGACUUUCGGUCUGGCAUGUUGCGCUGUAGAGAUGAUGCAUAUGGCUGCGGCAAGAUACGACCAGGAUCGUCUAGGUGUCGUUUUCCGUGCGAGUCCUCGACAGUCUGACAUCAUGAUCGUCGCGGGUACUCUUACGAACAAGAUGGCACCUGCGUUGAGGAAGGUCUAUGACCAGAUGCCAGAACCUCGCUGGGUUAUCUCUAUGGGCUCAUGCGCGAAUGGCGGCGGUUACUACCAUUAUUCGUACUCUGUGGUGAGAGGGUGUGACCGAAUUGUACCAGUCGAUAUCUACGUGCCCGGGUGCCCACCAACUGCUGAAGCGUUGCUGUAUGGCAUGCUGCAGCUUCAGCGCAAAAUGCGACGUAACAGGAAGAGCGUCCUUUGGUAUCGAAAGUAAGAAGUGUCUUGAGCAUAGGAGGGUUGGAUAUGAUCGAGCCGGCUAUUCGAAGACCCCUCUCUGUAUAUACUUUUUGCAUUCCACCUAUUUUCUACCGAAUUUGCUCUGUGACGUGUGUGCUGUAUCAGUGAUGGAAUGAAAGCAAUGAUUCUAAUCUCUCCCUGUCUC